AGUAAAGACCGCCAACCUCUCUCUCUCUCUCUCUCUCUCUCUCUCUCCAAGCAGAUGAAAGAAAUGAGACACUACAAGAGCGAACCUCUACUUCUGAGGAGGAAGGUCUUCUCUUCCAUCCUCAUCGCCUUCGUCGUCUCCCUCGGACUUAUCUGCGUCUACUACGGCACCACCUUCUCCCUUCCUCUACGCUUAUCGGAUGCCGACGACGCUAACGAUCCUUCCUUUCUCACCUUCUCUUCUUCAGCAUCAUUGUCUGACAACGACGAUGACGACGACUUGGACGGAAAACGCAAUGGCAGUGCCUUUGAUUCAUUUGAAGAUCAGCUACAUCACAUUUCCGAUCCUCCCAAGACCAUUCCAGUUUGUGAUUCAAGACUAUCAGAGUUGAUUCCAUGUUUGGAUAGGAACAUCAUAUAUCAGCUAAAAUUGAAGCUGAAUUUGAGUUUGAUGGAGCACUAUGAAAGGCAUUGCCCUCCUCAAGAACAUCGCUACAAUUGCCUCAUUCCUCCACCCAUCGGCUAUAAGGUUCCAAUUAGGUGGCCAGCGAGCAGGGAUGAAGUGUGGAAGGUAAAUGUACCCCAUACACACCUUGCUUCUGAGAAAUCAGAUCAGAACUGGAUGGUGGUGAAUGGGGACAAGAUAAAUUUUCCUGGUGGAGGAACCCAUUUUCAUACCGGGGCCAAUAAAUACGUCACCGCACUUGCAAAGAUGCUCAAGUUUUCCAAUGAUAAUCUCAACAAUGGUGGAAACAUCCGGAACGUCCUCGAUGUUGGUUGUGGGGUUGCCAGUUUUGGGGCGCACCUUCUUUCGCUCAACAUCAUAGCAAUGUCACUUGCGCCUAACGAUGUUCAUGAGAACCAAAUCCAAUUUGCACUGGAGAGAGGAAUCCCAUCGACCCUUGGUGUGUUAGGAACAAUGAGACUUCCUUAUCCAAGCCGUUCAUUUGAAUUGGUUCACUGCUCUCGAUGUAGGAUUGACUGGCUUCAGAGAGACGGGAUUCUCUUGUUAGAAUUAGAUAGGUUACUCAGGCCAGGGGGUUAUUUCGUGUACUCUUCUCCUGAAGCAUAUGCACAAGAUCCCAAGAAUCGAAGAAUUUGGAGUGCUUUGAGUGAUCUUCUUGGAAGGAUGUGCUGGAGGAUUGCUUCAAAGAGAGAUCAGACUGUCAUAUGGACAAAGCCAUCAUGUAACAGCUGUUACUUGAAGAGAGACCCUAGGACUCAACCUCCUUUGUGCAGUUCUGGCGAGGACCCGGAUGCGGCUUGGAGUGUACCCAUGAAAGCAUGCAUUACACCAUACUCAAAGAUGAUGCAUAGAACAAAAGGCAGCGGAUUGGUUCCAUGGCCACAAAGGCUAACCACACCCCCACCUCGUCUAGAGGAACUUGGCAUCAAUGUUGAGAUAUAUCGCGAAGACACGGAGAUUUGGCAUUGGAGAGUCAUUGAGUACUGGAAGCAGAUGAAAUCUAAAAUAGAGAAGAAUUCUUUCAGAAACAUCAUGGAUAUGAAUUCAAACCUGGGCAGUUUUGCAGCUUCCCUUAAAGAUAAAGAUGUAUGGGUGAUGAAUGUUGUUCCUGUCAAUGAGUCCAGCAAAUUGAAGAUCAUUUAUGAUCGAGGCUUGAUUGGAACUGUUCAUGACUGGUGUGAAUCAUUUUCUACCUAUCCACGCACCUAUGAUUUACUUCAUGCUUGGUCUGUAUUUUCUGAGAUAGAGAAGCGUGGGUGUAGCAUCGAAGAUCUGCUCGUUGAGAUGGAUCGGAUGCUUCGACCCAAUGGGUUUGUGAUUUUAAGAGAUAAAUAUUAUGUUAUAAACUACAUUCGGAAGUUUAUGAUGGCACUGCAUUGGGAUGGCUGGUCGUCUGAAGUAGAACCAAAGGUGGAUGCUCUUUCGUUGGGUGAAGAAAGAGUUUUAAUUGCAAGAAAGAGGUUAUGGGAAGAGGGUGAAGCCAAAACGUUGUAACAUGCUCUCUUUAGAAGUGAAAUGGUCUGUAACAAAAAAAAUUUUCUUUUCGGGGGUCCAGCUGCAGGGCCUAAAAGGUAAGGCUUUUCUCCCUUUAUGCCUAGUUUUCUAUCCAAUGUGAGAGCUGAUGUAUACAUAAUCACAAGACAGUUUGUAAUUCCUUUUUCUAAGGUUUCUACAGCUUGUUUUGGGUGUAGAUUAGAUGAAUUGUUCUUUCUCUA